GCGUGGGGAGCCAGUGCGCCUGACCCCUGGGCUCCUGCCUGCCCCGCCAGCGGCUGUGACGGACAGGACCCUUCCCCGCCGGUGGCGCCUGACCCUGUGCCACCCGCACCCGUUUCCCCGAGGGCCAGAACUGGACUGCACGGAAUCCAGGCGAGCGGCUGGGACGGUGCUGGUUUGAGCUGGACCCUGUCUGAUGGCUUCCUCCAACCCUCCUCCACAGGCUGCCAUAGAAGAUCAGCUGGUUCCUGGAGGCCCUGGCCCCUCCCCUGAGGCGGAGGACGACCCUGGAGAGGCUUUCGAGUUUGACGACAGUGACGAUGACGAGGACACCAGCACUGGCCUGGCCGUCCCGGGCAUUGCUCCCGAGAAGGACAUCGAUGCCCCACUGAUCCACUGGGACUCCGCCCCCAUCGCUGACCCAGACCCAGACCCAGACCCAGACCCAGACCCGGUAGCCUCACCACCCCAGACACAGGUGCCACCGGUGGUGAGCAACGGGGAUGCUGUGGGUGCUGCUCUCUCCGGGGUCCGGCGCUCCAGCUGGAAGCGGAAGAGCUCCCGCCGGAUCGACCGAUUCACUUUCCCCGCCCUGGAAGAAGAUGUGAUUUACGACGACGUGCCCUGCGAGAACCUGGAUGCCCAUCAACCCGGGGCGGAGAGGAGCCUGCUCUACGAGGAUGUGCAUCGGGACGGAGCGCCCAGGGAGCCCGAGGACCUAGGCUGGAGCUCCAGUGAGUUUGAGAGCUACAGUGAGGACUCGGGGGAGGAGGCCAAGCCAGAGGCCGAGCCCACCAAGCACCGAGUGUCCUUCCAGCCCAAGCUUUCUCCAGACCUGACUAGGCUAAAGGAGAGAUACGCCAGGACUAAGAGAGACAUCUUGGCUUUAAGAGCCGGGGGGAGAGACGUGCAGGCGCUGAAGCACAAGUACGACUGUAAGAUGACCCAGCUCAUGAAGGCUGCGAAGAGCGGGACCAGGGACGGGCUGGAGAAGACGAGGAUGGCCGUCAUGCGCAAAGUGUCCUUUCUGCACAGGAAGGACGUCCUCGGUGACUCGGAGGAGGAGGACAUGGGACUCCUGGAGGUCAGCGUUACGGACAUCAAGCCCCCGGCCCCGGAGCUGGGCCCCAUGCCAGAUGGCCUGAGCCCUCAGCAGGUGGUCCGGAGGCACAUCCUGGGCUCCAUCGUGCAGAGUGAAGGUAGCUACGUGGAGUCUUUGAAGCGGGUACUCCAGGAUUACCGCAACCCCCUGAUGGAGAUGGAACCCAAGGUGCUGAGCGCCCGUAAGUGCCAGGUGGUGUUCUUCCGCGUGAAGGAGAUCCUACACUGCCACUCCAUGUUCCAGAUAGCCCUGUCCUCCCGGGUGGCCGAGUGGGACUCCACCGAGAAGAUUGGGGACCUCUUCGUGGCUUCAUUCUCCAAGUCCAUGGUGCUAGACGUCUACAGUGACUAUGUGAACAACUUCACCAACGCCAUGUCCAUCAUCAAGAAGGCCUGUCUCACCAAGCCUGCCUUCCUCGAGUUCCUCAAGCGUCGGCAGGUAUGCAGCCCUGACCGCGUCACGCUCUACGGGCUGAUGGUGAAGCCGAUCCAGAGGUUCCCGCAGUUCAUCCUCCUGCUUCAGCUAUUUCUGGAGGCCUUACUCCAUGUUCGAUACCAUCUGUCCUGGCCGAAAGCUGGGCACCUUCAGAUCGGGUCUCUGCAGGAGGACAUGCUGAAGAACACCCCCAGGGGCCACCCGGACAGGCUAUCCCUGCAGCUCGCCCUCACGGAGCUGGAGACGCUGGCCGAGAAGCUCAACGAGCAGAAGCGGCUGGCCGACCAGGUGGCCGAGAUCCAACAGCUGACCAAGAGCGUCAGUGACCGCAGCAGCCUCAACAAGCUACUGACCUCGGGUCAGCGGCAGCUGCUCCUAUGUGAGACGCUGACAGAGACCGUGUACGGUGACCGUGGGCAGCUGAUCAAGUCCAAGGAGCGUAGGGUGUUCCUACUCAAUGACAUGCUGGUCUGUGCCAACAUCAACUUCAAGCCUGCCAACCACAGGGGCCAGCUGGAGAUCAGCAGCCUGGUGCCCCUGGGGCCCAAGUACGUGGUCAAGUGGAACACAGCACUGCCCCAGGUGCAGGUGGUGGAGGUGGGCCAGGAUGGCAGCUCCUACGACAAGGACAAUGUGCUCAUCCAGCACGCUGGCACCAAGAAGGCCUCUGCCGCAGGCCAGGCCCAGAAUAAGGUGUAUUUCGGCCCCCCGCGCCUCUUCCAGGAGCUGCAGGAUCUGCAGAAGGACCUGGCUGUCGUAGAGCAGAUAACCUUCCUCAUCAGCACGCUGCACGGCACCUACCAGAACCUGAACAUGACCGUGGCUCAAGACUGGUGCCUGGCCCUGCAGAGGCUAAUGCGGGUGAAGGAGGAGGAGAUCCACUCGGCCAACAAGUGCCGUCUCAGGCUCCUGCUUCCUGGAAAACCUGACAAAUCUGGCCGCCCCAUCAGCUUCAUGGUGGUCUUCAUCACCCCCAACCCCCUGAGCAAGAUCUCCUGGGUCAACAGGUUGCACCUGGCCAAGAUUGGACUCCGGGAGGAGAACCAGCCGGGCUGGCUGUGUCCGGACGAGGACAAGAAAAGCAGAGCCCCGUUCUGGUGCCCCAUCCUGGCCUGUUGCAUUCCUGCCUUCUCCCCCCGGGGCCUCAGCCUGCAGCUUGGGGCCCUGGUCCACAGUCCUGUCAGCUGUCCCCUGCUGGGUUUCUCGGCGGUGAGCACGUCCCUUCCACAGGGCUACCUCUGGGUUGGGGGCGGGCAGGAAGGUGCAGGGGGCCAGGUUGAGAUCUUCUCCUUGAACCGGCCCUCGCCGCGCACGGUCAAGUCCUUCCCGCUGGCAGCCCCUGUGCUCUGCAUGGAGUACAUUCCCGAGCCGGAGGAGGGGGAGAGCGGAGACGAGGGCCACGUGGCCGCUGAGCCCUCAGCUGCCGUGCAUCCGACCAUCUGCCUCGGGCUCCAGGAUGGCAGCAUCCUGGUUUACGGCAGCGUGGACACGGGUACCCAGUGCCUGGCGACCUGCAGGAGCCCAGGCCUGCAGCCUGUGCUCUGCCUGCGGCAUAGCCCCUUCCACCUGUUCGCUGGUUUGCAGGAUGGGACCGUCGCCGCCUACCCUCGGACCAGUGGUGGUGUCCCCUGGGACCUGGAGAGCCCUCCCGUGUGCCUGACUGUGGGGCCAGGACCUGUCCGCACCCUGCUGAGCCUGGAGGAUGCCGUGUGGGCCAGCUGUGGGCCUCGGGUCACUGUGUUAGAUGCCACUAGCUUGCAGACUCAGCAAAGCUUCGAGGCGCAUCAGGACGAGGCCGUGAGUGUGACGCACAUGGUGAAGGCGGGUAGCGGCGUCUGGAUGGCCUUCUCCUCUGGUUCCUCCAUCCGCCUCUUCCACACUGAGACACUGGAGCAUCUGCAGGAGAUCAACAUCGCCACCAGGACCACCUUCCUCCUGCCGGGCCAAAAGCACCUGUGUGUCACCAGCCUGCUGAUCUGCCAGGGUCUGCUCUGGGUGGGCACCGACCAGGGUGUUAUCGUCCUGCUGCCUGUGCCUCGGCUGGAAGGCAUCCCCAAGAUCACAGGGAAAGGCAUGGUGUCGCUCAACGGUCACUGCGGGCCUGUGGCCUUCCUGGCCGUGGCUACCAGCAUCUUGGCCCCCGACAUCCUGCGGAGCGACCAGGAGGAGGCCGAAGGGCCGCGGGCGGAGGAGGACAAGCCUGACGGGCAGGCUCACGAGCCCCCGCCCGCGAGCCGCGUGGGCCGAGAGCUGACCCGCAAGAAGGGCAUCCUCCUUCAGUACCGCCUGCGCUCCACGGCCCACCUCCCGGGCCCGCUGCUGUCCGUGCGGGAGCCCGCGCCCGCCGACGGCUCGGCCCUGGAGCACAGUGAGGAGGACGGCUCCAUCUACGAGAUGGCCGAUGACCCGGAUGUCUGGGUGCGCAGCCGGCCCUGCGCCCGGGACGCCCACCGCAAGGAGAUCUGCUCAGUGGCCAUCAUCUCGGGGGGGCAAGGCUACCGCAACUUCGGCAGCGCCUCGGGCGGCAGCGGGAGGCCAGCCCCGUGCGGGGAGACGGACAGCGCUCUCCUCAUCUGGCAGGUGCCCUUGACGCUAUAGCCCCCACCGGGGGCGCGCAGCCGCGGGCGUGGCGACCGACAGUCAUGCGGGGCCUCCCUGGAGCACCGAUCGCCUUCCAGGGACCGUGGGGAUGGGCCUGGGUCUCCCGGAACUACCUUGGCCGAGCAGAGGAGAACCUCUUCCUUUAAAAAAAAAAAAAAGAAAGAAAGAAAGAAAGGAAAGAAAGAAAAGAAAGAAAGAAAGAAAGAAAGAAAGAAAGAAAGAAAGAAAAAGAAAAUAAAGAAAGGAAAGAAAGAAAAGGAAAGAAAGAAAAUAUUUCAGAGUUUUGGGGGAGGGGUUUGGGUGCGGGGAGAGGAUACCUCUGGAGGAAAUGGCCUUCUUUUUAAAAGCAAAAAACAAACACAAAACCUCACAACUGCCUGGCAAGCCCAGCACCUCUUGUCCGGGCGGAGCGGGGCUCAGAGACGGCCACGCGCCUCUCCUGGACGGGCGUGUGCGUGUGAGUGUAUGAGAGCGUGUGGGCUGGUGUGUGAAUAUAUAUAAAUACGUAUAUAUGGUGUACAUUAUGUGUAUAAAUGAAGUCUGUACAUAUUGGAGCUCUGGGAGAUGCUGGAAUAAAAGGCAAGCAGAACGUGA